AUGUUCAUACACCUUGCUUUGUUUGCUGGCUUUUCGCUCGCUGCCGAGUUAACAGAUUCGCUCGAACUCUUUUCUGGAUUUGUCGGGAUUCUUGUAUCCUCAGUUUUCAGUCAAGAGCUUUUCUUACUUCAUUUUCACUCCGCUGAUCAUGUUGGACUUGAAGGUCAUUAUCACUGGCUCUUACAGCUUAUAGUUUUUGUUUCGCUUGUUGCAGCUCUGGCUGCAACUGUUUUUCCCAACAGUUUCAACGCUGCGAUUGUACUUUCGAUUUCGGUUAUUUUUCAAGGAUGUUGGUUUAUAAACAUGGGAUUUAUGCUUUGGAUUCCUGCAUUUGUUCCUGAAGGAUGUGUGAUGAAUAUGGCUAGUAAGAGUGGCAAUGAAAUGCAUGGAGCUGUCACCUGUGAAACGAAAGAGGCGGAUUUUCGGGCUAGAGGACUAGCCAAUUUGCAGUUCAGUUGGAUACUUUCUGCUAUUAUGAUAUUUGCAGGAGUUGUAUGCUUGAAAUUGGCUAGAAAAUUUACCAUUGUGAACCGGCUGGAGUACGAGAGAAUUCAAAGUAAAGUUGUAGAUUCUACUGUGGUUAACGAAGGUUUCAAGCCGGGAAAGUAA